GCGCGCGGUGCGGGUCCCGUGCGCCAGAUGGCUCUGCGCUCGGUCGGAUCCCGGCAGUCGCGCUGCUCCUCCCCGAACGUGCCGUGCCCUGCCGUGUUGCGUCCGUAAUGGCGCGCUACUGACACACAGGGGCGCGCCUCCCGUUGCGUGGCUAUUGGGCGACUACCGUCACGCCUGCUUGCUUAGACUGUGGCGUUUCCGCGAAGCGCCGAGACGCUGCGACCGCAAUCGCCCCCGUUGCCGCCGCCGCCCUGUUCCCGGCCGUGCCUGGGCUGCACCGGGCGGCGCGAAGUGGGUCACGAGGCAGCCAGCACUCCCAUUGAUAACGGCUGCGGCUGUUGUCGGCGACGCUGCUGACCCGCACGGCCGGUGUCGUGUCGCGCACCGUCUCUAGUGAACACUCCGCACAAUGCGCGUCGCGACACAGCUAAUGUACGUAUCGUCGGGUAGGUGACUUCCGCCUCCGUUUUUCGGCCGGCUCCGUCGCGCAUCAGGACUAGUGAGCGCCUCCGAGCCGCUAGCGUCCAAGUUUGUUUCUGUGCACGAGGUAGGUCCAUCAAAGUAGAGGUGCGCCAUGUUCAAAAACUGCUGUGGUUGCAAGAGCAAUCCGGCGAAGAAGCAGAAAUGUGCGGAAAAUGAGAUGGACGUGUACAAACCGGACGAGACGAAGGAGAGUAUACAGAACAACAAGGUGUCCGACGUGAAGGAGCCGCGGCCUAUAGAAAUAAAGGCGGAAGAUGUCGACGGGGUAACGGAAUUGCCGGCGAAAUCGGCUGUCAUAGCGGAUGGCAAGUCGCCUAAAUCGGACAAGGUGAAACAGGAAGGCGUCAAGAUACAGACCGACGGCAUCUCUGCGCCGCAGAGGAAGAAGUCGCUGUUGGUCGAGAUCAAAGCAGCCCCAGAGCAGCAGGCGCCGGAAGAGGGUCCCAGGAAUGUAAAGCGGCCGAGCGACGCGAAGCGCGCCAGCGACGCCAGGAGUCCGGAGCCGCCUGGCGGCGCGGGCGAGGCCGAGACGAACCCGGGAGCAGGCGGGGAGGCGAAGACCGAGGAAGAAGAGCAGCACGCCAAGCAGGCCAAGGACGCACCUGGCGAGGCGAAGGACGGCCAGGAGGGGGAGCGGCACAAGGCCGAGGAGCCCUCCGAGGUGGGCGGCGGCGGCGGAGGCGACGCCGCCGCCCCCGGCGGUGGCGGCGACGACGACGACGAGGAAGAGGAGCCCCUGGACGAGACGGAGGCGGCGGCGCUGCGCGCCAUGGUGCCGACGCCGCACCCGGCCAAGCGGUCAGGUUCCGUGCCCGGGCUGGGCGCCAUCCCGCAGUGGCUGUCGCAGGAGGACGACGAGGUGUUCGAGGGCGGCGGUGAGCCGCCCGCCACGCCGGUGGGCCGCGACGAGUUGGCUCUGCGCAGGCACCGCUUCUUCUCCGACCUGCUGGGCGCCGCCAAGGCCAGCGUCGAGCACCGUGUACGCUUCGACCCGCUGGGCCCCACCGUCGCCGGGCCCGCGCAGCAAGCCGGUGAAGCAGACGGUCGCCCCUCCUCUGCCGAAUUCGAAGUACUGAUAAAUCGUUUGGAGAAAGUAACGACACGCCUAGAGAAAACAGUUGAAGUUGCUGAAUCUGCCCUCAACCUCCGUGCCAACAUGAGUGUUGCAGGAUAUAAUGACAUAAUACAAGGGGCUUUGGCUUCCUAUUUGAAGCUUUCGGGGCAAAUAGGUGGUGAUGUUGCCUCGCACGCUAACCUUGUCAGUCAGGCAUUUCAAGCCCAGUUGCAAUAUUUGACAAAUGCUGCUCAGUCAAAAGAACCUAGUCAGAUGCAAAAUAUAGAGCUUCUGAAACCAACAUCUACUCACAUUCAGGCUAUUCAGGAGUACCGUGAGAAACACAGAGAUUCUCCUCACUUCUUCCACCUGAGUGCAGUUAGCGAGAGUAUUGCUGCUUUAGGAUGGGUUACUGUCAGCCCAGCACCUUCGCCAUACAUUAAGGAGAUGAAUGAUGCAUCACAAUUUUAUUCAAACAGGGUACUGAAGGAAUGGAGAGAAAAAGACAAGACUCACGUUGAAUGGGUUAAGGCUUGGGGCCAAGUAUUGACAGAGCUGCAGCAAUUUGUGAAACAGCAUCAUACGACAGGCUUGGUUUGGGGUGGUGGUAAGGCGAGUUCUGCAGCACCUCCUCCCCCACCUCCUGGCCUGCCUCCUCCACCCCCUGCACUGCCUACAGGGGACAUUGCCCCAUCCCUUGAUAGCUCUGCACAGGACCGAUCUGCUCUCUUUGCUGAAAUCAACAAAGGCGAAAGUAUAACAGCCUCCCUGAAACGAGUCACACCUGACAUGCAGACACACAAGAAUACAGCUCUACGAGCAGGUCCAGCACCUUUCAAAGCACCUUCACAGUCAUUGACGACGAGGCCAGUUACUGCUCCAGUUAGUGUUUCAGACAAACCACCAACUUUCACUAAAGAAGGGAAGAAAUGGAUGGUGGAAUACCAAAAAGGCAAUCAUUCUCUUGUUGUAGAGAAUGCAGAGAUGAAUAAUGUUGUGUACAUGUUUAAAUGCCAAGAUUCUACUCUUACUGUCAAAGGCAAGAUAAAUUCAGUUGUGUUGGACUCUUGUAAGAAAGCAUCAAUUGUUUUCGACAACUUGGUGUCAUCAAUUGAAUUCGUAAAUUGCCAGUCAGUUCAAAUGCAGGUGUUAGGUAAAGUACCGACAAUAACCAUUGACAAGACUGAUGGCUGCCAAAUGUACCUUAGUCCUGAAUCACUGGAUGUUGAAAUUGUCAGUUCCAAAUCAUCAGAGAUGAAUGUAAUGGUGCCUAAGGGAAAUGGUGACUAUGCGGAAUUCCCUGUACCAGAACAAUUUAAAACUACUGUAAGCCAAAAGGGGUUGCAGACCAUUGCUGUUGAAAAUAAAGGAUAAACCAUUUCAUUAUAUUUAGAAAUAUUGUGCAAUCAUCAUAAAUCAAUAUGCAAUCAUUUUUUUAUCUUCAUAUUAAAAAUAAGUGACAAGAAUGAUAGAUGCAAGGAGUACAGUAUAUGAACUGUUAAAAUUUGGUGUACAGGAUAAUUGCUUGAUGUGAUAAAUCUACUUUUUAGACGUUUCUGUGGCUUGAAAUUUGUAUCCUUUUUGAAAGCCGUAGUGAACAAUAACAAGCAACUGAGUUUAUGUAUAUAUAUUUUUAAGAGUAAUGAAAGUCUUACUCUAGGGUUUCUUAUUACAUUGUCAUGAACAUUAAUGCAGAACAAGGAAUUGAAAUUUGUCUUAUGUUAAAGAUUGGAAAUGAAGUUUCAUUCAUAUUUUCUAUUAUAAAAUUUUACUAUAAUUUGCUAUUGUCGAAUGCAGAUAGAAAUAAUUUUCUCAGUAGACUGAAAGUAACGCUGUUAUGACUCCUCUGCAGACAAAAGUGUGAUAGUUUUCCCUGUUUGACUUCAAUAGUACUUCAAUGCAGAUUGUUGAUUAUUAUUUUUUUGUGCUACUUGUCAGUUGAUAGUGUGUGUCACUCUGAGAGUUAAGAUUGUACUUUUGAACUGUCAGAAUUAUUGUGCAAGUAUCAUGAUGCUGGGUGUGUACAGAUUUUUUAAUUUUUACAGCUGAUAAAUUAUUUUCUUCUUAUUAAAGUGGUCACAUUUUUGACACAUCAUUUUUGAAAAGAUUUUUAAUGUGUGAAUUAUGUCAAAUCAAUAAAGCUGUACUAUGUAUUAUGUAAAUGGUGCUAUUUUUUAAACAAAAAUAUUGUCUUUUCUACUAUUAUGGGUGCUAAAUUUGUAAUUAGCAUUUAUACAGUUUCAUAUAUUUUCAUAUUGCCUGUUCCAUCCUUUUAUCUGAGCAGCAGUCAUUUUUGUUGUCAUACUUAUUAUCUCGUUGUCAGAAAGAAAAUGGGUUUGAAUUAAUCGUAUAGUUCAUAAUUUUGUUUAUUCACUGGACAUCCAUUUCUUCUCUUGCUAUUUUACACCUGGAAAAUGACUGUUUUUACCUUCUAUUUUAGUUGCGUGGAAAAUUUCUGUGUAUUACAGCAUGACUAUAUGUGUUAAGCUUUUCUUAAAUAUUUUGGCCAUAAUUAUUGAAAGUGUUGAAGUUAAUAAAUAUCACUUGAAAUUUAUUGUAUCAUUUACAGCAGCCAAUAUUGUGGUUUAUGGACAUGUGCAUUUGCAAUGUUGAUAUUGUUUUCUAUGACUAUUGUAAUUUGAAAUCCAAGGCAGACUUCAUUCUAAAUUGAUGAACGUGUAAAAAAGAAAAGAAAUAAGAUUUGCAUAGUAUUGUAAAUUGUUGAGGUUGCACUAGGUUUUUUAAUACUUGCAGAUGUUUGUCUCUGUCCUGUGACCAGAGGAGUAUACAACAAAAGAGCUUUCUAAAUGAAGCAUGUUAUGAUCAUGUGAAAAUAGCAGAAGAUUGACAGUGUUCCAGGAAACUAAAAUAUUGAAUAAUAAUUGAAAGAGUGAUUGUGGAUAAACAACUUUUUGAAGGUGCUGCUGCUGCAGAAGAGAGACUAAAUGCUUGUGUGUAUGCUUGUGUGUGUGUGUGUGUGUGUGUGUGUGUGUGUGUGUGUGUGUGUGUGUGUGUGUGUGUGUGUGUGUGAGAGAGAGAGAGAGAGAGAGAGAGAGAGAGAGAGAGAGAGAGAGAGAGAGAAUAGCGGGAAGGUUAAGAGAGAACUGCAUAUUAUUUGAGGGUGUAAGUUUUUACAGAUGACCUGAACAUUUGAUGGAGUUACAAAUAUGAUAGUGAAAAGUCCUGAGUGGAAUACAAAUUCCAUUAGAUGGAGUUGUUAUUUACAGACAGUUGCAGUUUCUUGUUAGUUAGUUUCACGUUCUGUUGAUCAUUUGCACAGUAAUUCUUAGUUAUGUGAAAAAAGUCUCUUUAAAUACGCAUCACAACUUAAUUUUUAAAUGUUGCUACAUGCUGAACUUCUUUUUAAAAUCUAAUGUGCUUUAUGUCGACAGUGUUGUGGAAAGUUUUUUUCAGUUAGCAGAGUAAAAUCUCUUGCAUAUUUUGUAGGAUACACCAUCACCAAAUAUGGUAUGCUUAAUAUUGUGGGUUAUCCUGCACAUCAUUACAUUAUCACAUAUCACAUUUGAUGUUCCUUCCACCACAAGUAACUAUGGUAAUGCCAGCAUCUCUUGCUCAAAGCAAGAGACAAUCAGGGAUAGUAUGGUACUUACAAAAUACCAUUACUAGCAAAACAGACUGUUCAAAAUGUAAAUUCUUAUACAUUUUAUUAGAUUUCAAUGAUUGUUAGAUUUGGACCAACUUUAAUCAAUUGUAAUUAUAGUCUCUGGUCACCCUGCAAAUAGUUACAUGACACUGUAAGUCUAAUCUACCCCUCUCCCCCAUGUGAAAAAAGGGAUGUGUGUGUGUGUGUGUGUGUGUGUGUGUGUGUGUGUGUGUGUGUGUGUGUGUGUGUGUGUGAGAGAGAGAGAGAGAGAGAGAGCGCACUUCCUUGGCCCAGUUUCCUGUUAUCUGGAUACUCUGUGCUUUUCAUAUACCACAUCUUGCAGUCAAAAUGUCAUUGGGUAAUCCCAAUCUUUUAUCCAACUCUUAAUGACAGUGUCUUAUUCUAUUUUUGGGCAGAAGUAUUACCUCCAUACCAUGCAGGUAAUACAUCAACAUCUGCAAAUUUUGUGAAACUAUGCACUCAUUACCUUCAGUAUCAGAUCUGCAGUUAUUCACCAAACUUCCAAAUAAAGCAGUUGCUUGGAUUCAACAAAAAAUAUUUAUCCUGCUGCAACAUCUUUUGCAAAGUGUACUUGGAAUACAAUUUUUGUUCUUCAAAUUUUUGCCAUCAUUUAGUACCUAGAUGGAGGAAAUGGAGUUAAAAUCUAGCAUUCAUCAAUAUUAAUGCUGACAUACAUAAUACUUUAUCUCAGCUUGGGCUCUUCUUCCUUCAGCAGUGUAAGCUGAUAAUACUUCAGAACCUUUGAGGAACAACCACUUUAAUUUAUUUAUUUUAUUUUAGUCAUUAUACUUCUACCAUGAACACAUUCUUAAAGAAUGGUGUAGAAAAAUCAGUGGAGCACUGAACAGAUGACUGACAAAGGUUCCGAUGUCCAUGACUAUAAAUUUGGGAUCCUGAAAUAUACAACAUGCUAGAGUUUCUUCUUCCCCCAAAAGAUAUUUCGAUAUAUGAAUAAUGUAGCUCACACAAACAACUGAAUUAUAAAACUAACUGCAAGUUCUCAUGCUACUGGCAUGAGAGACAUGUUCUUCUGUAGUUCCUGUCUCACAACUGUAAAAUUAGUGCUUCAUCAAAACUAGAUUUACAAUACGAAAUGAAUUCCUCUCUGUCCAGAUAAUUAUCGUGAAGACAGUCAACUUAUUCCUGAGCAAUUGCUUUGCCUUAAUAAUAAAAUCAAUUUUAAUCAGAAAUCUUAUUUCUGGGAACACUCAGCUACCACCAGCACACUAUUUCUGACAGGAUGGUUAAUUUUAUUUGUAUGGAUUUGAAGAAAAAAUUGAACUGUUUAAAGUGCUCAGAUUUAUGUAAUAACUCUGCUGACCCAGCAUCUGAUUUACAAAUAGCUGAACAAAACUGUGUAGCUACCUUUCACACACAAACCAUAGUGAAUCAAUCAGGUUUAGUCAUUUUCAUUUAAUUACUUCUUCUUCUUUUUUUUUUUUUUUUUUUUUUUUUUUUUUUUUUUUUUUUUUUUUUUUUUUUUUUUUUUUUUUUACUUCUGAAUGUGCAUCAUAGACGGGAGUGAGUCAGAUUAUACUGCCUGUAAUAAAUCACACUGGAAAUAUUUCCAGGUGUAAUGUUUUUACUUCCAAUGUUAAGUGGUUUUAUCCUUACAGGAGCACUAUACCUAUUUUUGGAAUACCAUUUAGACAUAACAUAAUACGGCCAUGGUAAUUGUUUGUAUAAUUUAUACAGUGAAACCACCAAGGUCUAUAUCGCAUGUAUACAUGUACAAAAGGAAGUGUUAAUGGAAAAAGUCAUAAAACCUUACCCCUGAGCUGUUUAAGCUAAAAGUGAGUUAAUGAAAUGUUCCACUGUUCCUGAAGAAAAUUCAGUUUUAAAGAAUGAUGCAAUAAAUAUUCCUGUGACAGAAAUAUAACUUGAAAUUUAAUGUUAUAAGCCUAAUAUUUAAUAGGUCUCAAACAUGAAACAACGAAAAAUGCAUUGUUUGACAUACUACAUACUAUUGGUUUUGUGUAAUGACUAAGUUAUAUUUGUGUCGCAUCCCCGCUACCCUGCCCAAAGUAGUUUACAUACAGGAGAUUCCAGAGUUUCUCACUUUUAGUGAAUGCAGAUAGAGAGAAUGUAAUGUGUUCUUGUUCUGUUCACAAUAUUGUCCUUGUAUGGGAGCUCUUCUUGGUUAUUAACUUAAAAUGAACAAUCACUGCCUUCCAUGAAUGUGGGUAUAGGCUAAUUGUAAUUAAAAAUCCCCCGUGCAUUUUCUUCGGUGGUUUUACUAUAUAAGCAAUUGUAUCAAUAUUUAGAAUGACAUAUUUACUAAAUAAAAAUAAAAGCAUUAAACACUACAAAUUCUUAAUCAUAAUAACAAAUAUUAAAUUUUAUAGUGUAUACCAAGAAAUAAACUUCUGAAACUUAACUAUCUGGAGUAGCAUUUUUGUUCACAUCUCUAAACUGUGUAGGCUACUACUUGUUAAACAGGAUCAUAUCGUAACAGAAAGGUUAUCUGUUUAAAAAGUUUUUUUAUAGCUACUUUUCCUGACAUAUUGAUACAUGUUGGCAUAAAUAAUAGAAUGUAAUUUUAUAUACAUUAAGCUUUUCUGAAAAUUGUGUAAAUGUUCAAAAACAUUCAGAAAAAAGCUAAAAUACUGUGUUCUACAUUGAUAAUGUAAAUAAAAUUGUCACUAUUAUUAAAUUUCUGCUACUUAUCAUAUUAAACUGAAAAAGAUGGUACUGUUUUAUUUUUAGCAAAAUUGGUACUUUAUGCCAAGUAUUUCUCGCAGUGGAAAGAUUGCUGAAUGUACUUUCAGGCAUGAUGUUUAUGUUGAAACAUGAUUUGCUCAUAAAAUUUACCUGUGCACCUCCGCUGUGAGUCAGUGUUACUGUAUAUUUUCCUCAGCUUCUGCAUUUAGUAGGUGUUUCUCAUAUUUUAUCAGUAGGGAUUAUUUUUAGAUUGUCUUCUUUGUAAAAUAAUCUACAAAAAUAAAUCUAAAUUAUUGAUGAUUAA